UAGAACUUUCCAAAAUUGAUAGAAGGCGCAAGAAGCAAACUAAAAUAUUUUUCAGAAACGCGAGACAUAAAAUUUCACAUAAUCAUUGACUAUCUGUUAUAUUUUUAGUUACAAACAAAAUAAUCAUAUGUAUUUUAUUUUCAGUCAAUACAAAAAUUUGAUUUUAAUAAUUUAAGGAAUUUUAUCAUUCUAAAUAUAGCAGUUUCGCCAUCUAGUAAAUUUUUCUGGAAAUAAAUACUACCGGAUGUAGAUGAUUUUGCCAUCUAGUGAAUAGUUAGAACAUCUUAACGCAGCUAAUAUGUGUUUGACUCCGGUGUUGACCGUUUUUGGUUAUACGGCUAAAGUCUGUGCGUUACGUUUGAUUUUUAUAAUAAAUAAUUUAAAAUGUCAGAAGUUUCAAUGACAGAAACACCGAAUUUACGGAAGGUAGACUUAACUACUUUAAAUCUCCAACAACUAACAGUGUUGAGGCAACAAUUGGACCAAGAACUCAGUAUUUUCCAAGAUUCGUUGCAAACAUUAAAAAUUGCUCAAAGUAAAUUUCAAGAGUCAGGAUCAUGCCUCGAGAAGAUUACUCCAUCCAUGGAGGGUAAUGAAAUUCUCGUGCCACUAACUGGAUCCAUGUACGUGGUUGGAAAACUAGUAGACACUAAUAAUGUUCUAAUUGAUAUUGGAACUGGUUAUUAUGCUCAAAAAAAGGUUCUUGAUGCAAAGGAUUACUUUGAUCGAAGAGUGGCUUAUGUCACCGAGCAAAUGGAAAAGAUUCAGCAAUUGGGUCUUGAGAAAAGUAAAGUUAGAGAUGCGACAAUGGAUGUAAUAGAAAUGAAACUUCAAAAUCAAGUGCCCAAGGAUGAUGCAGAACAGAAUUUUACAAUUACAAAUAAUGAUUCUGUAUAUUUAAAGUAUGAGCUAUUACAUUGUGCAAUGACAGAAAGAGACACUAUCUUAAUUGAUCAGGAAGAGUGGAUGAAAAAUUUUAGGAGAAAGAAAGACGAAUGUAACGAAGGUGAAUUUUUUAUUUGUUUUUCACUUAAGUAAAACUUCAUUCACAAACAAUAACAGCUUUUAUCUAA